GGCCUUAGAACGGACCAAUCAAAGGGCCGAGGGGACAAGAUUGCAAGCGGCGCGAGCCAAUGGGCGACAGAAGGCGUGGGAUAACUCGCAGCCAAUGGGGGAGUCGCCACGCCCUUUCUUAGGGUCGACAGGAGAGCGUACGGAUUGGUCGCCGAGCGUCCCGCUGGGGGCGGAGCCUCCCGUGUGGCCACGGUUGGACCAAUGGCGGCGCGGAGGCGGGGCCGUGCGCUGGCCGCGCGGGGUUGGGCCUCGCUCGGCCUCCGCCUCCCCACCCGCGGGCAGCGGCGUCCGGCGGAGGGACGGCCUGGGUUCGGCGCCGCUCCCAGCAGCCGAGGCCGCGGCCGCUCCGCGCGGGAGUUGGAAGAUGGGGAAGAAAAGCAGAGUGAAAACACAGAAGUCAGGUACAGGAGCUGCAGCGACAGUAUCUCCGAAGGAACUGUUGAAUCUGACUAGUGAGUUGUUGCAAAAAUGCAGCAGUCCUACCCCAGGUCCUGGUAAGGAAUGGGAAGAAUAUGUACAGAUUCGUUCUCUUGUUGAGAAAAUUCGCAAAAAACAAAAAGGUUUGUCUGUUGUCUUUGAUGGAAAACGAGAUGACUAUUUCCCUGAGUUGAUAAAAUGGGCAACUGAAAAUGGAGCAUCCACAGAGGGUUUUGAAAUAGCUAACUUUGAAGAGGAGGGGUUUGGUUUGAAAGCAACAAGAGAGAUAAAGGCUGAAGAGUUAUUUCUGUGGGUACCUAGAAAACUGUUGAUGACAGUUGAAUCAGCUAAAAACUCAGUAUUAGGUUCCUUGUAUUCUCAAGAUCGAAUUCUUCAAGCCAUGGGCAAUAUAACAUUGGCAUUCCAUCUUCUUUGUGAGCGAGCCAACCCCAACUCUUUCUGGCUGCCCUACAUCCAGACUCUCCCCAGUGAAUACGAUACUCCUCUCUACUUUGAAGAAGAUGAAGUGCAGUAUCUUCGGUCAACUCAGGCCAUACAUGAUGUUUUUAGCCAAUAUAAAAACACAGCCCGGCAAUAUGCUUAUUUCUACAAAGUUAUUCAGACCCAUCCUAAUGCCAGCAAACUACCCUUAAAGGAUUCUUUCACUUAUGAUGACUACAGAUGGGCAGUUUCCUCUGUUAUGACACGGCAGAACCAGAUUCCAACAGAAGAUGGUUCCAGAGUUACGUUGGCUCUAAUACCUCUAUGGGACAUGUGUAAUCAUACUAAUGGACUGAUCACUACAGGCUACAAUUUAGAAGAUGACCGUUGUGAAUGUGUAGCACUUCAAGAUUUCAAGGCUGGAGAACAGAUUUACAUUUUUUAUGGCACUCGGUCAAACGCUGAAUUUGUGAUCCACAGUGGUUUUUUCUUUGAUAAUAAUUCACAUGACAGAGUGAAAAUAAAGCUUGGCGUGAGUAAAAGUGACAGGCUGUAUGCUAUGAAGGCAGAGGUCUUAGCUCGUGCUGGUAUCCCAACUUCUAGUGUUUUUGCCUUGCACUCCAUUGAACCUCCAAUCUCUGCCCAGCUUCUGGCUUUUCUUCGAGUGUUUUGUAUGAAUGAAGAAGAGCUGAAGGAACACUUGAUAGGCGAGCAUGCCAUUGAUAAAAUCUUCACUCUGGGGAACUCUGAGUUUCCCAUUAGCUGGGACAAUGAAGUUAAACUUUGGACAUUCCUAGAAGCCAGAGCAUCCCUUCUUUUGAAAACCUAUAAAACAACGGUGGAGGACGAUAAGUCAUUCUUGGAGACUCAUGACCUGACUUCACAUGCGACAAUGGCUAUCAAGCUGCGAUUAGGUGAAAAAGAGAUCUUGGAGAAGGCAGUAAAGAGUGCUGCUGCUAGCCGAGAGUAUUAUACCAAACAAAUGGCGGAUGGAGCUCCACUUCCUAAGUAUGAAGAGAGCAAUAUUGCCUUGUUGGAGAACACUGUGGCAGACUCUAGACUCCCUAUUGUCUUGAGAAACCUAGACAAUGUGGAAGAGCAAGGGGACUUAAAGAUUGAUGAAGCUAUGGAUGCAGAAGUCACAGAAAAUGGGUUUGUAAAUGAUGAAAACUCUCUAUUUAAUGGGACCAAAUCAGAAAGUGAAAAUUUAAAUAAAGAGGAAAGCAACAGACAGACUGAAGAUGCCAAAGAAUCUUCUUCAGAAAGUACUGAUGAGGUUAAAGAAUAGUUCUAAAAUUUGACUUUCUUGUGAAAUUAAAUUAGCUGAAGUUUAUGAACAGUGCAUUUAUGUUGGUGUGUUUCUUUGUUAACAUUUCUCUUUCUGCAGAGAAAAAUGUUUUUGCUGCUUUAUAUAAAAAUGAAUUUUUAAGUUAUUAAAAAGGUUUAGCACCCCUUUUCAAUUAAGAUUGCCAUCUUGCUUUCAGGCAAAAACUGGGGAUAGAGGUGCCUUUGGAAGAUUUUGCAGCCCUUUGUUGAACCAAAUGUAUUUUCUUCCUGGGGAAGAAUUAAGCUCUUCUAUCUGCUGUGCUUUUGUUGUUCUGUCACUCUGACUACCGAAAUUAAAAGCUUGCUCUGCCUCCUGCCAAGAAAGGCAGAAGGCAGGACUGACUCGGUAUUCAGUAUGAAGGUGGGAGAGCAGUACAGCAGAAAACUGGAUAAGAUGUUCAGAAACUUGGGAGACUUGAUGAAAACCUGUUUAAAAUCAGGUACGCCAGUCCAGAAAAAGGUAAGGUGGCAACCUUAUGAUUGGUAGUUUUAAAUGUUGAUGAGAAUCCAAAUUGUAUACACUUAACGUGAUCUCUGAAAAUUUCAGUUUACUUUGUCUUUGUUUACUGUAUAAAAAUAUCUCAUCUUUCUUCUUCAGUCAGAGUUAGGCUGCUACAAUACUACAUUCACCAACUUUUAAAGGCUGACUUUUUAUUUCCAGGUGGUACCUGUUGUUAUUUACAAUGUUGGCAGUGCUACUGGAGAGUUUGAAAGCAGAUAGGCCAAGCCACAGCUUUAAAAUGUACUGUUCAAAGUGAGGUUGCUUCCCAGCUUCUACAGGUUUUCACAAUUAGCUAGAGAUUUUCAAAGCUCCACUUUUGACUAAACCAUUAUUAAAAGGAAAAUAUGAUUAAUAUUCUUGUCUGCUACUCCUUCAUUUCUUUCUUGUUGGAUGUAACAAUGAAUGUGAUGUGGUUACUUGAUCCUAUCCAACUUCGUCUUUUGCUGAAGAUGCUCAUUGACACGGUUUUCUUGAAGGAAGUGGCAGGCUAAUGUAUUUUUGGCCCAAGUGCAAACCAAAGCCUAGUCUGCCGUAUACUUUGCCAUUUAUAGUGUGUCUUUCUGAUGCACGUUUCUCUGGAUACCUCCACAGGUUAACCAGGUUUACUGUCUCCAGCAAUUUUGGUCACCGUCGUACAAUUUUUUAACUUACAGUUGAAAACAAUACAAUCCUACCAUAGUGCAAUAUCAGGACAAGGGUAAUUUCAAGGUCUGAUUAUGAAAUUACCUGUUUGUUGGAAGGAGAAGAAAGUGGAAUAUUUUUAUUCUGUGAGUGAAUGGAGAGGUAUAUAAAGUGAUUUAAUUCUCCUCCCAAUAUUAAGGACUUUAUCUUUUACCCGUUUUUCCUUAAAAUCAAGAUAUUGGAAAGAGUGAAGAAGCUUGGACAGCAGUUGAAAGUUCAAUAAAUGUUGCAAGCUGUUCAUCCAAGAUCAGUUGCAGUUAAGUGUCUUUUGGCAUAUAGAUAGUUUUAUUACAUUUUGCUUCUUUCAUACUACAAUUUGGAAAAUGUGUUUUUGCAUAAAUUUUUGGUGCAAUGCACAUAAGUAGUGACUUUCAGGUUGUCAUAGCAGUUUUGGUGUUCAGCUAGUAUCAGUGUGGGGAAAAUUUAAAAAAAAAAUAGUUUUUUAAAAAAUAUUUCACUAAGAAUGGCGUGUUGCCAUUGCACCUUGGGUAUUGCUUCACCACUAACAAGAUGCUGGACCAGUAUUUUUGUAACUAUAUGCUGCCUUUGGUAGAAUGUCAUGAAUUGUUGUCUUGACAGUUUAAAUGUCAUACAGAAGUAGUUACUGAUCACUUUUUAUUAGGACCAAUAUUCCAUUUCUGUUUCUGCCAGCUACAUUGCACAACAUUGUAGUAGAUACUAUGAUGAAAUCCUGAAUCUAGCUUUCCUGAAAAUCAUAACUGUAAUCCGGAAUUUACAUGCUUUGAUUCAAUCUGAUACACUGUAUUUUGUUCCAGUAUUUGCUAAUAACUAUGGCUUAGCAAAGCCUGUGGUCACCACAGGACAGGAUGUGUGGGUUUUCUUGAAUAAAAUAUAGUUCUACAAUAUCUUCCCUAGUGAGAGUGUAUUAUACAAUCAAAAUCUGUACCUGCUGCUGACUGCUGUAUCUCGUGGGGUAUGGGAAGAGGAGUAACUGUGUCCAAGGACACAGGUGAAGGAAGGUUAAAGGAGAACUAUCUGACAAUUAAAAGGGGGAUUCUAGUGAACAGAAACUGAUCUAUUAAGCACACAGCCAAAUUCUUACUCUUCAGAUGUUAGUGUCAUUUAGCAAAAUGUUGCACACGAUAAAAGUAGUGAGUAAUCUAAUUUUGUAAUUUGCAUUUCUCCUUUACACGUGUAGCGG